UUACAUGUACACGUACGGUCGAAGGAAUAUGAGAGAGAGAGAGAGGGAGAGUGUAGCAGCAACGAGCUUGUGCUAGCGCUUACCGUCGUCCGAGGCUCUUCGCUUCCAUCUGCCCUGAUUGCCGAUAGCAGCUGCAAACAAAAGUAGCAACGUUAGACAUCGUAUCGAGCAUCAGGUUUUGUGUGCACCACGUGCCGCUGUGCACUCGACUUUCUCAACAACGAGAACCUAAUGCGCUCGACAUGGAGAAAGACUUUUUUUGUUACAGCAUGCUCCUCGACAGAUUACGGGCUCGGUGCACAUGAUGGAAAGAUCUUUUCUCAAUUCGAUACGGAAGAAGUCGCGCGAGCGACAGCGGCAGCUUUCCUCGAGAGCAAUGGAUACCAACCUGUGGGUGACGAGUCGAUCAUCGUCGUCAUCGUGAAUUGUCCGCGCGACCAAGUAUCAAUACUAAUCUAAAAACACGGGCGGCUGUUCCUGCUCCGGCCGAAAAAACGCGCACAACACGGACACACACGACAAAACUUUCGCGCGGCCUCAAGGUCUUUCAUACGCUUCCAUUCCCGUGCGUGAACUGGAGAGUGGAGGCAAGCCUAGUAUAUAGUAGCGCGAGUGUAGUAUAGUAUAGUAUAGUAUAGUAUAGUAUAGUAUGGGGAAAAGAGAGAGAGAAUGAGAGGGAGUCGCCGCCUCUCCUUCUUCCGUUCCACGACGCACGCUAUGGGUAACUGGUUCUGGCUGAUGCUCAGCCGAACUGAGGCCAAUGUGAGCAGCAGAGACCAGUGUGCGUGUGCGUGUGUGUGUGUGUGUGGUGGCGUUGCUGCGCGCUACUCUGUCUCUGUGCCCGUUCAUGCCUGCCUGCGCGUGCUCACGCCGUCAGCCCGUGGUCGCGCGCGCCACACCGGCGAAUCCUGGCCCACACCGACAUUUUAAAUGCCGACUCCUUCAACCGUCUCCUCUCGGGCCUCGCGUAUACUAUAGGCUGCAUCCCUUUUUCGGAGAAAUACGAGUAUAGUAAAAAGGUAGCGCAUAUAUUUUACUCGUAGGUGCGAGCGAGAGAUGAGAGUCAAAGAGAGGGAGUUUUGGCGGGAGUCGGAUGCUGGAGAUGGCCUACAAUUGAGCUACACAGCUGAUGUCUUGCGGGAUUUUUUGGGAAACAGUUUCGGGGAGAGAGCUCUUUGAUGUAGGCGGAUUUUUGACUUAGCUUUAAAACGCUUUCGUCACAUUUUUUCUUUUUUCAGGGCGUGGGAUGGCGUAUGCAAAUUUUUUAAUGCGCACGGGUUUAUAGAUUUAUGCCGAAGUUGAAUUUUCAAAUAAAUAAUGAAAUGAUUUUUGUAACAGAUUUUAUUAAGCGUACAAUUUUCUUAUAACAAAAAUAUAAGUACAAUUUUUUGUACAUACAAACGCGAUUUCUUACAAAAGAAGAGCAUCACAAAGUAUAUGUAUAUAUCACAGAUAAUGCGCCAGCAACGCAGGCACCGAUUACGUUCAACGCUGCCACAUUUUGCAAUAGCGUUUACCGCUAAAUAUUUGUAUAUAAACAUUCCUGUUCGAACGUGUUUCGUCGCUUGCGGUUUAUACCUACAUUUAGCGGAAAACACGAUGAGUGUGAAAGUGACGUCAUGCCGCCGCCGCACUCGAUUGUGAGCUGAUAAUAGACACGAGGCAUGCUGGCAUGGCAGGCGACGGAACACUAAUGCCGAUGCUACGUCUCUCUCUCUCUCUCUCUCUCUCUCUCUCUCUCUCUCUCUCUCUCUCUCUCUCUCUCUCCUUAUAGUCGACCGGGUUUUACAUGACAUUAAGACCCACAGGAUACUCGAACCUGCUUCGACAGGAUAGGAUUAUUCCGAAGUGGUUCUGAGAAAAUGUCCUGCACUUUGACUAAUGUACAGGACGGUUAUAUUGAGUUGAUGGAUACAAAUGAGCGAGAGAUCAGGAAUAUGAAAUUUAUACGGCUCCAUAAUGGAUUUUGGAGCAAAAGUAUGCGAUAACUUUUUAGCGAGUAGCGAGUCACUAACGAUACUUUGAAACAUUCAUUCGCAUUUAUGUACAGCAAAAUUUUAAUAAUUUAUCAUUUUUAACCUUCAUUUUACUACGUUGAAUAAUACAGGUGCAAAUGCUGCUACAACAGCUUUUACAUUCAAAAGCUCAGUUAGAUAUAAUUGCUAAGAUUAGGAAUACGAUUGUUUACGGUAAUUAUGUCACAUUGUUGUUUAAACAAGUCAAGUCGUCAAUAAAAGGAACAAAGUAUGAUCGCUACUGGUAAAUGGAAUAGACUUAAAUAUAGGUAUACGUUAUUGUGUCGUUGUCUGCCUAAGUGCCUAUCCUAUAUCCAUAUUUAAUGUUAAAUGUUAUAUAUCUACUAUCUAUAGUCUUACUAUACUCUAUUACUCUAUAGGUAUAUGUAUAUAGGUGCAGUGUGAUACCAAAUACUGGCGUCGCUACUAGCCGCUAGUGUUUAUAUGUCUGUUAACCUCAAAAUUUGAACGGUUUGUUUGCGUAUUCUUCUGAAAGAAAAAGUUGCAUUGCGAUGGCUUCAGGCUUGGAGAGUUACGUUAAUCAUACUGUUUCAAUCAUUACUUCGGAUGGUCGGAAUUUCAUAGGAACUUUGAAAGGUUUCGAUCAGACAAUCAACUUAAUUUUAGAUGAAUCACACGAAAGAGUAUACAGUACAACACAGGGUGUUGAACAAGUUGUUUUGGGGUUACAUAUUAUUCGAGGAGAUAAUGUCGCUGUGAUAGGAGAAUUAGACGAUGAAAUGGAUGCACGCUUGGACCUCUCAGUCAUACGUGCAGAACCACUAAGUUCGGUGGCUCAUUAGAAAAUAAUAGAUAAUAAUAUGCAUUUAUGAGUUUAUCUUACAAUUACGAUUGUAUGUCUGGAGUACACACUACUGUAAAUAGUUAUAUACUACGUGCGAAAAUUCAAAGCACGAAUUGUGUAAAAAUUGCUAAAAAACGAUCUUUUGUAACAAAAAAUUAAUUUUAUAAAUAUAAAUAUUUAUGAAAAAUUAAA